AUGGCUCUAGGAGAUUGUCACUGUACAGGAGAGUUGGACAUGUUGCACGAAGACCCGAAUAGAUCACAAACAACAAUUUGUUUGCCAUCGCCAUCUCCAGCAAAGCAAGCUUCUACAUACCUGCCAAAAGCUGGCCCCAAGGCCCUGGAAGAGUCGAACCAAGAUCCAUUCUAUCUGGAGAAGUCGCUAGCUGCGACACCAAAUUUUGAUCAAUAUACCCCGACUAUUCGCGAUGAUAGAUUCAGCGGAGACAAUAGCGACUACUACACACUGUCCCUGACCAACGGGAGAGACCUUCCGGAUCAUCAGCAGGAUACUUCACAGUAUACCGGACCUGAUCGCUCCACCCUCGCGCAAAUACAAUUGGAAAACAGCUUGAGAUUCCACCGCUACACAUCUUCGACUGAAGAACAUCGCCCCCUACACAGUAGCCAGGAGUCCUUCAGCUCAGUCCAGUCUGACGCCACUGUCCCGGAUUUGACCCCGAGCAGCUCAUUUUCAUCGACAUAUUCCUCCCCAUCCUGCCCCGACGCUGUACUCAAGGCGACAGAGAAGCUGUACCACCACGCCCAUCAGAUCCAAAUCGAGCCUCGCCGGGCAUAUAACGAACAAGCAUCGACACCUCCCAAAUACUCUCUUCCUCCGCCCCCUCCUGUGGCUGCCCUGACACCAGUCACUCGCCCUACUACUCCUGCCGAGCCCUCCAACGACUCCACAUCCACUAUCACAAUGAAGUACGAGACAUCCAGUAUGUCCUCAUCCUCAAGAAGACGGCAAAAGGCGCACCCUACAUUGCCCAAUCUAUCCAAUGCUUCCAGCUCCAUGAGCUCUCGCAGGAAACAGUCCAGUCCUGGAACACGACCUCCAUUGGACCCUUCGAUGAUCUCGCCUCCAAGCUUGAUCAACCCUGUCACCAUGGAGCCGCAUGCCACGCACUUCGACCAAGCAUUGUUCAUUCCGGCCAAUGAUGGUGCCAGCCCCAUUCCUAGCCCUGUGGCCAGCUCCCCUCCUAUCUCUCGCCAGUGGACUGCUACUUCCAUGGAACGACCAUCCAUCUCCACCAUGGAUGCAUACUGUGAACAGUCUGUCUGGGAAUCCGACUCGGAGAACGAGUCAAUCAGCAACAAGUCCCUCUCCCGUAAACCAAUUGACACCCUACGAAAGGUUCGCAGUCGCGCUAAGCUUCGUGCGGCCAAGUCCCAACCUCGCCUCCGCCAAGCUGUCCUUGAUGACCAUACCCAAGAACGAUUCCCAUGUAUGCCAGACGAUGCCGUUGGCGAACUUAUUACCGACGGCUUCCGCGGUGCCAGCCUUGACCGUCCUAGCACUGGUCGACCAAGCAUCAGCCGUCCCAGUACCAGCCGUGAUGGCACAAGAGGCCACCCUUUGCAGACCCUGCGUCUCGUUGCCCCAUCAUCCGUCUCCCUGAUCAAGCCUCGCUCCCAGCACAACAGUCUCCACGAUAGUGCCAAUGAGUCCGAAAUGGACUGGACAGCUGCUGCCGCCAUGCAAGCCCAAUAUCGCCGUCGACAGCGCUCCGACACACCCGAGUUCGUCAAGCCUGAAAAGGAGCAAUUGACCUCCAUGUGCUACGAGCAACACUCCCCAGCUCCCAUCCAGGACCCAACAGAACAAAAGCCAUUCUUCCGCCGGAUUUUGGAUUCUCUCCGCUCUCUGAACUGUGCACGUCCCAUGAAAUCCAACACGACUACUACUAUCUGA